AUGGGAAAACCCCGUCGCCGGGAGGUUGGGAUGGAGGGAGGCGCUCGCUGCGCCCCCGCGGAGAGCGCGGCGGGGAGGGGGCGCGGGGGCGGCGUGCCAAUGGCUGCGCUGCCCCCUCCUCUGCCCCCACCCCGCCGCCGGCCCCUCCCUCCCCGCCCGACCCUCCUCCCGCCGCUCACUCCGCGCCGCCAGCGCCGAGGCUGCGGCUCGGGAGCGGCCCCGCUCCGCGCCCGGCAGCGCUGGGAGCCAGCAGGUCUCCGGGAGGCGCGGAGGUGGGGUGGGAUGCCGGAAUGCCCGGACCGCGGGGCCAAGGCGGCCCCCAUCCAUCAUAAAAUCUCCUUCUCCAUCUUAGACAUCCUGGAUCCCCAGAAAUUCAGCAGGAGACGCGAACCGGCCGCGGGGAGCUGGGGCAGCGCCCCCCGCUCGGGCGAGCGGGAGAAAAGUUUGGGAAGAGUUGAAGUAGGAAAGGACGCUGCUGCUCCCGGCAGCGGGAGGAAUAAACUAGAAGCACAUGGUCCGCACGGCCCGGCGGAGAGCGGCGCCGAGGACGCGGGGCAGGACCGCGACGAGGAGGACCCGAGCGGGGACGGGACCGGGAGCGGGCCCUCUCCCGGGCCGGAGGAGCCGGGCUCGCCGCGGGGCGCCCGUCGGCGGCGGGCGGAGCCGGGCUGCGGGAAACCGCGGCGGGCGCGCACCGCCUUCACCUACGAGCAGCUGGUGGCCCUGGAGAACAAGUUCCGAGCCACGCGGUACCUGUCGGUCUGCGAGCGCCUCAGCCUGGCGCUGUCCCUCAGCCUCACCGAGACGCAGGUGAAGAUCUGGUUCCAGAACCGCCGCACCAAGUGGAAGAAGCAGCACCCGGGCGCCGACGGCGCGGCCCCCGCAGCAUCCCCCGCGGCGGCGGGGGGAGGCGGCAGCCCCAGCCCGCCGGGCCCCGCCGCCCUGCCCUUCCAGACUUUCCCUUCUUACGCCGCCGCCAACGUCCUGGUGCCGCCGGCCGCCCCCUUCCCGCUGGGCGCCGGCCCCUUCGCCCCUUUCCUCGGCCCCGCGUACCUCGGCCCCUUCUACGCCCCGCACCUCUGA